ACGGUCUCAAUCGCGGUUUCAUCGCCCAUAGGUCUAUUAGUUUCUCUGUCUACGGUGGUAUAUAACCAUUACAUUACACGAUGGCUGAUAGAGCUAACAGCAUCUGACAGUGACAUCGACAGCAAGCUGCUGUCCAGUGUCCAUUCACCAUUGUCAGUACAGUGGCAAUAGGCAGUAGCGCAAAUCGUUAACGAUAUUUUAUUUAAAAUUGAUUUUCUUAGGUAUCGCAUACAUGACUUCGUCCGGUGUUAUUUUUAUUAUUCAAUUAAUAGUUUUACCUCAAAUAUUGUAAUUAGCAUAAAUAUAGUAAUUUGUAUUGGAUUUGAUGAAUUUGAAACCUGUAAAAAUAUAAGUGAUUCAAAAGGCAAGAGUAUAUUUAUCUUUUAUUUCGGUCCAUUCGCUUUACUUAUUAUGGUUAUUUACAAUGGAAGACAAGAAAGUUUGGUCGAAAAAUGAAGUAUUUAAAUUCAUCGCUAGAUAUAAACAUUAUAGAGAACUCUGGGAUACGAAAUCAAUAGAGUAUAGAAAUACGCUUAAAAGAAGAAAUGCUCACAGUAAAUUAGCUGCUGAAUUUAAUACCACGAUUGCUGAAAUAGGUAGAAAAAUUCGCAUUCUACGAAGUCAAUUUUUUUAUGAAUAUAAAAAAAUGUAUAAUGAUGAUGAUGAAGAUGGGUCGUCUUCACAGAGUGCAUAUGUAACAAGGUGGAAGUACUAUGAGCCUUUACAAUUUAUUCUCAUUGCAAGGGAAGAUGUUGCCGAUAGUUCUGAUUUCACGGAUUAUAAUAAAGAUAUAUUUGAAGAUUCAAGCCCACAAGUCAUUAAGGAUUCCAACAAUAGUGACUCAGAAGAUGACAAUGAACCAAAAAUUCUGAUUGUAAGUCAAAAACGAAAAAGGUCCAAUUCAGACAGCAGCAACGAGCAAUCAGAGCAGAGUUUUCAAAUUCACAAUGAUGAAUUUCAGAUAUUUGGUAAUUAUGUGGCGAAUGAGUUAAGAGCAAUGCAUUAUGAGAAAAAUAUAAAAGAAUUGAAAAGAUUGAUUCAACAGCAUAUUAUAAGAUUGACAGAAGAAGAUGACCGAGAAUACUAUUCAAAUUAAAAUAUCACUCACAAUAAACAAUAUGAACAAGUAUACAAAUGUAACUUAUUAACUAAACUUUUUUAUUAAAAGAAUGAUAAAAAUAGUCGCAUAUUCUAAUUAUAGUGUAUACUCUAUAUAGUGACACUGAAGGGA